CAGUCCGUUGGUCGCACAUAUGUUAGCGUGAAAAACCAUUAUCCGCUUCGUUUUGAAUUGUUUUGUUGUCAUUCUUAUCCUCGUUUCAUCAAUUUCCACCAUAUUCAUUUCAUCUUAUUGUUUAAUUAACUUCACCAGCUUUAGAUAAUGUUCUAUCAUAUAGCUCUUGAACAUGAGGUUCAACUUCAUCCUAAAUAUUUUGGUCCACAGCUUUUAGAUGUAGUCAAGCAAAAGCUAUUCAGUGAAGUGGAAGGCUCCUGUACCGGCAAAUAUGGAUUUAUAAUUGCUGUGACAACAAUCGAUCAUAUUGGCCAUGGACUGAUACAACAAAACUCUGGUUUCGUCCUGUAUCCCAUAAAAUACCGGGCUAUUGUCUUUAGGCCAUUUAAAGGUGAAGUGUUGGAUGCUGUCGUAACGCAAGUUAACAAAGUUGGAAUUUUUACAGAAAUCGGUCCACUAUCCUGUUUUAUUUCAAGACACUCUAUUCCAGCUGAUAUGCAGUUCGAUGCCAAUCAGUCUCCACCAUGCUAUAAAACAGUAGAUGAAGAUAUUGUCAUUCAACAAGACGAUGAGAUACGAUUGAAAAUAGUUGGAUUAAGAGUUGAUGCUAAAGAUAUUUUUGCUAUUGGAACCUUGAUGGAUGAUUAUCUUGGUCUCAAUUAAUACAUAUUAAAGACUAAUCAGCUGCACUAUACUUUCAAUGAUUGUUUUGAAUUUGAUGUAACCUGUCAUUGCUAUUUCACCUGACAAAAAUAAUAUUGCAAGGCACACUUUCUCAUUGAACCAUUUCGAUUUAAUUGAAAACAUUUUGCAUCAUAAAUGCCAAAUUUUUGUAUGAUAUUGUAAUAUUUGGAUUACUGCGAAAAAUAAACGCCAGAACAAUAGGUUGCAAAAAAUUUAA